CCUUCCUGCGGCGUGUGAAACCCGAGCGUUGGUGUGGGGAGCGCGGAAGGUGAUGGCGGGGCCUCCGGUGUCUCUCUCGGCACGGGACGUAGGGUCAUUUGCAUAUCUUACAGUUAAAGACAGAUUACCACAGAUCUUAACCAAAGCUAUUGAUACAUUGCAUCGACAUAAAAGUGAAUUUUUCGAGAAACAUGGAGAGAAAGGCCUGGAAGCUGAAAAGAAAGCAAUUUCUCUUCUUUCUAAAUUACGGAAUGAAUUGCAAACAGAUAAACCAAUUGUUCCUUUGGUUGAGAAGUUUGUUGAUACUGACCUAUGGAAUCAGUACCUAGAAUAUCAACAGAGCCUUUUAAAUGAAAGUAAUGGAAAACCAAGGUGGUUUCUCUCACCGUGGUUGUUUGUCGAAUGCUACAUGUAUCGUAGAAUUCAUGAAGCAAUUAUCCAAAGUCCACCAAUCGAUGACUUUGAUAUAUUUAAAGAAUUAAAAGACCAAAAUUUCUUUGAGUCUCAGGAAUCUAUCAUUGCUUUAUGUACUCACCUGCAAGAGUUGAAAACUAUUGAAGACCUAGAUGAAAAUCAGCUGAAAAAUGAGUUUUUUAAAGUUCUUCAGAUUUCACUGUGGGGAAAUAAGUGUGAUCUGUCUCUAUCAGGUGGGAAAACUAUUUCUCAGAAGACCAAUUUAAUAAAUUCUUUGGAAGACCUAAAACCUUUCAUUUUAGUGAAUGACAUGGAACAUCUUUGGUCAUUGCUUAGCAAUUGCAAAAAAAAAAGAGAAAAAGCAUCUAUUACUCGAGUGGAUAUUGUUCUGGAUAAUUCUGGCUUUGAACUUGUUACAGAUUUAGUAUUAGCUGACUUACUGUUGUCCUCUAAACUGGCUACUGAGAUCCAUUUUUAUGGGAAAACGAUUCCAUGGUUUGUUUCUGAUACUACUCUACAUGAUUUUAACUGGAUAAUCGAACAACUAAAACAUUCUAAUCAUAAGUGGGUGUCCAAAUGUGGGGUUGACUGGGAAAACCAUAUUAAAAUGGGCAGAUGGGUUUACCUCGAUCACAUCUUUUGGACUCUGCCUCAUGAAUUCAGUGCAAUGCCUCAAGUCGCUCCUGACUUAUAUGCUACACUACAAAAGACACAUUUAAUUUUAUUUAAGGGUGAUUUGAAUUACAGGAAGUUGACGGGGGACAGAAGAUGGGAAUUUACCAUUCCAUUUCAUGAGGCUUUGAAUGGCUUCCACCCUGCACCUCUCUGCAGUAUAAGAACAUUAAAAGCUGAAGUUCAGGUUGGUCUGCAGCCUGGGCAAGGUGAACAGCUCACAGCUUCUGUGCCCAACUGGUUGACCAUUGGGAAAUAUGGAAUAUUUCAGUUUGAUGGUCCACUUUGACUUGGUGUAGGAACUCUCAGUUGGGUAGAAAGAUCUGACAGUCACUCUUCAUCCCCCGAAAAGCUCUGGGAAGCUUGGCUUCUCAGUGCUCUUUUACACACAUUCUGAUGCUUUCUCCUUUGAACGUUUUGCCCCACUACAUUGUUUUGGGGAUAGGUCGAUUACACUGGUUACAGAUAGUUACAUUUAUGUUGGAAUUUUAGUAACUUAUUUCAAGUUAAAUGCAUCAUUUCAAAUGGUUUUAAUGAACUUAUUUUUAAUUGGGCAGA